AUGCAGCAUGACACCACGCUGUCGCUAGAGGCCCGAAUGACGGCGGCCAUGAACGAGGGGUCCGCGGACGCGAACAUGGGAGGUGCCGCUGCCCCCGGGACGACCACGCACGUUGCUGGAAACAGCAACGCUAUUAACAACAACCAGCAGGACCCAACCGGUGCGCAGCAGCACCAGCAGUCUUCCCAACAACAACUCAGCGCGCUGCCCAUCCCGUCGAUGCAGGCAGGGCCGGGGACGAUGGGCAUCAUGCCGAUUAUGCAGCCGCAGCUCUCCAUGAUUCCGUCGGUGGCGCCAAACCAGCCCAUGGUGUCCUUGUGGACCGCCACGUGGGCCCGGGAGAGUCACGGCUUGUUCGACUACGAGGCCCGGCAUCCGAUCAAGAAGCACUUCCAAGUCGCGACCCCGCUCACAAUCUGCAGAAAAGGCACGGAAGUCACCACGGUCAACGGGACCACGCAGGUAAGUACUCGGGUGCAGUAAAGUGUAAUAAUGCGAAAACAUAUGUAAGUUUACCACCUUUUUGCAUCCAGAGCAAAUUUUUGUCGCGCUCACGACCAUGCUACGAAGACACAGGCCAGGAAUUUUUCAAAAAAGCAAGAUUUCAAUUCAAAUAAUUACAACACAGGAAAGCGAGCCCCUCGCGCGAUUAGUGGUAAGGAACGGCGCUUUCUGCGUCGACGCGGCGAGGGUUGGUGACGGGCGAGUAAAGAGUGGCAAGUUGUGGCGAGUAGUCAAGGAUCUAGAGCACGGCUACAACCUGCAGGAGGGCGAUAGCAUCAAGUUGGGCAGAUUCAAACUCCGCGUGCGUCAGAUUGUGACGGGCGACCCCAAUAGCCCGAAUAAUCCUCCGGAGGUACAAGACUUAUACACACUUUCUUGUUGGAUAAUAUUGACGACACUAUGAAUGUAUAAAACUAAAAAAUGUGUUACUAGAAGAAGAUUUCAUUCUCCUUGUCAUCUCACUCCUGUUGCUCUACUGGUACUGCCUAGCAAAUUGUACUAAACAUGAACAUGAAAAAAUUAUCCAGUGUGCCAACGUGAACCCACCAUCGUUGCCACCCCGUCCCUGCGACACGAGUGAGGAAGCCAUAAAAGAGCUCGAGCAAACAACGUGCCGAAUCUGCCUGUUAGAGGGGAGUUCGGUCGAGGAUCCGCUGAUUAAACCCUGCGAGUGCAGGGGUACGAUCGAGUACGUGCACUUGGCCUGUCUGCGGCACUGGGUCCGGGGCAAAUUGGACCUGGCGGAAAGCUCAUCGGGAACUUAUUUCUACAAGCCCAUGGCCUGCGAACUGUGCAAGACCCAGUAUGCCACGCACUUGCAGGUAAUUAGUAAUUCUUCUGAUUUUGAUAGAAAUGCAAGUAGUGCUACUGCAACAAAGUUGAGUUUGACGUUGUAAUUCACUGCAUUAAAACAUUUUUUCUCUGGACCGUUUUCUUUGUUUCAUUGUGGUUGUCCUUCUCGUCGACAAGAACCUGCACUAAAGAUUCCGCAAAAAUAAAAUAUCAGGACAAAGCGGACGCAAAGAACUGCUUCCCGUUAAUCGAGUUACCCAAGACUACGCCACCUUUCAUCGUGCUGGAGCGCGACAGCAACCGCCCAGAAUUGAAGGGGGUGCACGUGAUUUCCCUCGCGGAGAAAAAAUUGUUGAAGCUCGGGAGAGGGCACGAGAGCGACGUCCGGUUUGCCGACGUCUCCAUCAGUCGGUGGCACGCAAGUGUCCACUACGACGGGGAGAAAAAUGCGUAUUGAUCAUCACUUUUUGUGGUUCUUGAUGACGGUCGUACUGAGGCUGAUUACGACAAGAAAGAUAGUUCGCAUUUUUCAUUGCGCUUUCAGAGAUACAGCAGGGGUUUUCAAUGCUCGAGCAUAAAAAACAAUUGGAGACUUUGCUGAAAUCCCACAAAACAAACGACCAGCUUCGUCCUCACGGAUCACGGAUCGAAAUUCGGAACCUUAGUCGCCAUGAAAACACCGGUGCCAUUGGAAUCCACCCAGGGAUUGUCGCUGCAAGCGGGCCGAACAGUCCUCCAUUUUACGCUGAACAACAACCUAGGCGGCAACGCUGGGGCACAGCAGCUACAGCAAUUAGGUAUAAUGAAGUACUCACAUACUACAACAGGCUGUGACUUGCUAUUUGUAUGUUUAUUUGGCAGUGAAGUAGGAGGUGAAAGCCAAAAUUAUUUUCUGGGGCGCAAUGUUCUUGAGUCCAGUUUGUAGUGAUCAUGCCAGCAAUAUAAGGCAUUUCCACUGGUGUCUACAUUCAUGAUCCAUUGAAGAUUGUUGAAGUACCCAAAAAAUGAACCAGGUCUGCAAUCUUUCGGAAACAUCGUGAAUGUGCAGCACGAGGCGGACUCGACUUCUCAGUCUAACCCGGUGGAGCAGCCAGCAAGCAAUAUUGACAUGCAGCCCGUCUCGUCAGCCGGGAACCAAUCUGUUAGCGCCGGAGGGGCGAACAACAGCGGAUCAGGGAUGCAGGGUAAGGCUGUUUUGUCUUCAUCGUUGCAUGGGAUAGAUUUGCAUAAUAAUUCGCUUUGACAUCUAAACUUCAUGUGGAACAUUCCUUGAUACAACAUAUAAUCUUCACGACGGCAUCAUACAUGAGUUGACGAGACCCUAUCACAAAAAUGAAGUAACAAACACAACAGCCACGCUGAGCAACUUUCCGAUGUUUCAGAAUGCGGCCGGACAAUUUCCCUUGAUCGGCAACCUUCUGGGUAAUCAGCAGCAUCAGGGACAGGUAUUGCUAUACGUGACGUUGUCGUAAAAAUGCAUGACGAUGCGUCAAGAUUGAAUUUCAAUUUUUCCGUGACGUAAUUUGUGACUCGGAAGUAGGGGAGAUUGCAAUGAAGAUCAGAUCAAAAUAUCUUUCCGGUGAUCCAACAUGAGAGAUCAUGACCAGCACGAAAACCAGCAGCGCUACUAACUUUAUCAAUUUAUUCCAGAUAAUGGGAAUGGGCACACCGGGGUCGCAGCCCGUGCAGCCCGGAAGUGGUGGUCCGCCGAUGAACUUUGGCAUCCAGCAGAACAUGAUGGGCCAGAGUCCGGGGUGGGGCCCGCCCGCGAACCUCCCGGGACACCAGCAAAUGGGGCAGCCAAGCUUCUUCCAGCACCAACCGACCAUGUUUGGUUCCAGCAGCCAACCCGGAGCUGCCCCAGGGAACCAACAGUCCUCCGGGGUCGUGCAGCAACCGGGAACGAGCGGUCAGCAGGGCAUGAACAGUAACCCGUCAGGCGGGGCACCGCCGGGGGGUGUGAUACCGCAAAAUAACGCCGUCGAGGACCACGAUGCGCUGUUGGCGUUGCGUUUAUCCCUUCUCUCCCACAACAGCGCAGCCUACCAUCUGCAGCACAACGUGGGUCAGAACGCACAGCAGAACCAGCAGCAGCACGCCAUGAUGGCACCAGCGGCCGCGGGGAGCAAUAAUAACGCCGGGGGGAGCAACAAUGCGGGCAGUCAGACUCAGAACGCUAACAGUAAUCAACAAAACAGUAACCAAAAUCAGACGCAGUUUUUUCAACAAUCUCCGAUGGAGGGACAGACAAACCAAGAGUCCGGCGAGGAUCAUCCAAUGACCUCGUUUGAUUCCUAAGAAGGCUUGUCUGCUGAAGAAAAGGAAAAAAACUUCGAAACUGUGACUAGAUUUUUUCAAAUUACGAAAAGUUGAUCAGAUCUGACUAUAAGUUUAUCCCCCGAGAAGAAUUUUUAUCCCCCCGGAUCAUGGAGCGAACUAUACGAGGACGGCAUCCACUAUUUCAGAACGCCCCCGCGUCAAAAGUUUUCCCCCGCGACGAACAUUCCCGACUACAGCAAAAAAUGCUUUAUUUGUGCUUACGAGGACGGCUCCCCACAGUGCUUUUUCUGUACAAGAACAAAAAAUAUUCACGUCUAUGAAAAUAAAACCCAUCAGCUAGGGCGGGGUGCGUGUUUCUUUAACUUUACAUCACCCCAAAUACUCAUCCCAAUGUGAUCAAGUAGUUCUACCCGUAUUUAUUGCCGGUUCUGUUUCAGUUUCUAGACCCGCGACCUUUACACUCUCUUCAUCAGCAGCUUUUCCAGAUUUUUUUACGGACGAUACGAGGGCGAUCUGAUGAAAAACGGAAAAUCGCCUUCUUGUAUCUUCUCAGCGCUUGUUAUUCUUUACAGUUUACUUAAUUUAAUCAGCGAAAAACUUUACUUUUAACACAAAAUCGGACAAAAAUUCACACUUCUAACUAACUAAUUCAAAUUCAUAGCAACCAAUUCAAAAGCCAAGAAGCAUCGAAUUCAAACGCGUUUCGUCUCCCCCUUUGGGUGAGGGUGUCGUAGAUGUACUUUCGUCUAGUAUGGGAAUAAUUACGACAGAGAUACUUCUCUCUGCAACUAUUCGGCUGCAAAAACUGCCACAAGGAAGUUAUCGACCAGUUGUCAAUUAUUUGUGGAUGAACGCCCGUUUAGGAGGAGUGUGCUGGCGCUUCGACUACGUGCGGCUGCGUCGCCCUCGUCCAUCUAAUCCCGGGAAACGAAAUAUUCGUCCAUCGAUCUGCUGCAGCAGGUACCCAGUAUCGAUGAAACUGCACUGCGAUUACACGACGAGAAACCACACGCGAGAUACGAGCAACUACUCAUAGAAUUCAAAGCAACAAGAAUAAACGAGAACUACGAAUAAAGAACCAAGGACAAUUACAUUUUCAGUUAAGAAAGAAUUUGAUGUUUUGUGACCACAAGAUAAGCGUAGGCGCCAGGUUGGUAGAACAGCUCAGGGUAAAAAUACAUUUGUAUACACCGGAAGCAGGCAAAAAUAGGGCACGAGAUGGAGAUAAGAUAUGGUGACAUCCUUUUCAUCGCGUGGGGUUCCUCCGCAUCCACCAUUGCUGCCGAUUUAUUUUCAACUUACGACAAAAUACUAUCAGCUUAAAAUGGCGAAAAUUUUUCUACUAUGGAUCGAUAUUUAUCUCCGGCAUGACUUUGUAGUUUUGGAAAAAUUUAUGGACGACUGUUGUAUCUGUAGCAGUACCCUCCAGCAGAGAAAAUGUGUAGGAUAAUGAGAUGAUGUUCGGACGAAGCAAAAGCAUGUACAUGUUCUCCACGUCCCCGACAAUGUAAGUAGCCACCAGAAUCCACACUUUUCUAACUACUUCUGAUUUUUGCCUUUCAGCGGAAACAAGCAAACGACCGUACGACCGCUCUACUGGCAAAAAUCAAUAAGAAGUGCAGCCACCUGCUGACAACGAACUUACAAUUUUCUACACAGGGCCUGGACCAUUUGGAUGUUUAUUCAAAUCGGAUAGGUUGGUAGCGGUAGGGGUACACGGUACAGCUAGAGGUAUGAUGACGAAGUAGUUUUUUACCCAGCAGACAGAAAUUUUGCAGCCCGCACAGAAAGAAAUGAUUUUUGACGUUUGUGCCGUCAUGCAGAUGUCAUAAAUUAAUAUCCUAAUCCUGUGUGUGGCUCUUUUUCUAGGUUCAAGUUUGGAAAAAACUCACAAUCAAUAUUGUUCCUGUGGUCCUGCAGAUCAAGCCUUUUCGCCGCUUUUUUGUAGUUAUUUUUUGUACAUCUUCUUCAACGAACAUCUAUUCGAUUUUCCAGCUGCCUGACCAGACUCAAAAGUACUGCAAGCUGAAAAUGCUUCCACUGCAGGGACGGUUGUUGACCGAUUAUACACUUUUUAGAUGCAACUUUUAUCCUGAGAACAAGAAUAAAUGCGAAAAAAUGGACCGGCGUAGCCCGCAUAAGAAAAUUCUUGUUUUCAACGGCUAGUCCACCUCUAGUCGUGGAUAUUAACGCAUAGCGUAGUAGAAUCUAAAUGCAACGGAAGCUACAAUCAACCUUAGCCACUGUGAUGUUGCGCUCCCGCUCGGUAUACCAAUUAUAUCCCUGGAGGAAGUCGUAGAAGAGAAAGCAGCAUAGAGACUACUUCUACCGAAAAAUAUAUGAAAUCAUAGACACUAGUUCUAUACCCUGUCCGAGAAAAGGCAAAGAUGAAGAAAAUAUAAUUAUAAACGAGAUAUGAUUAUUUUUACAACAACUACACCCUGUACCUUAUUUUGUGAUUGUGAGUUUGAUAUGUUAUUCUUUUACAGUUGUGUAACGGAUCUUUAUCCGAUCUUGGGACCUCCAGCAUCUUCAUGAGGAGAUUACGAUGUGGACUACUUCUAAGCGACAUUCAUUUCAAUCCUAUCGAAAGCCCAAGCCCCCCACUUUUUGGAACUGGA